UCUGCACGGACUUCACAACCCCCCCCCCCCCCACACACACACACACACAAACACUGUCAGCCUCGAACAUGUACCCCGGUGUGUCCGCUGUCUGUGCGUUCAGGACCCGCUGUUUCUUCCGCCGGCUCCUCCCGGACCUCCCCGCCGUCAUGCACCGACACUACACCCUGGACGUGGCCGCUCCGCUGCUCAGGACGCAGGGCUAUGUGGACGGCCGCUGGAUCUCCGCAGCCUCGGUGUUCCCGGUCCUAGACCCGGCCACGGGGCAGGAGCUAGCACGGGUGUCGGACUGUGGUCCUGGGGAGGCCAAGCAGGCUGUGGACGCCGCGUAUAAGGCGUUUCAGUCGUGGAAGGGGACCACGGCUAAGGAGAGAAGCCUUCUGCUAAGGAAGUGGCACGACCUGAUGAUGCUGCACAAAGAAGAUCUGGCUAAACUGAUCACAUUUGAAUGUGGGAAGACCAUGCGGGAAUCUAUUGGAGAGGUCAUGUAUUCGUCUUCAUUCCUGGAGUGGUUCUCUGAGGAGGCUCGGCGAAUGUACGGCGACAUUGUCCCCUCCCCUUUUAAAGACAGAAAGAUCCUCCAACUCAAGCAGCCGGUGGGCGUGGCCUCCAUCAUCACACCGUGGAACUUCCCCAGCGCUAUGAUCACCAGGAAGGUUGGAGCUGCACUGGCCGCCGGCUGCACCGUGGUGGUCAAACCAGCCGAGGACACGCCGCUGUCUGCACUUGCUCUGGCAGAGCUGGCAGAGCAGGCGGGGAUCCCAGCCGGUGUGUUUAAUGUGGUUCCCUCUUCCAGAGAGAAGACCCCGUCAGUGGGACACGUUCUCUGCACAGACCCUCUAGUGGCCAAGAUCUCCUUUACUGGGUCCACUGCCACUGGAAAGGUGCUACUAAAACUCGCUGCUGACACAGUAAAAAGGGCUUCCAUGGAGCUGGGUGGCCACGCUCCCUUCAUCGUCUUUGACAGCGCUGAUGUGGACAAGGCAGUGGCUGGAGCUAUAGCCUCCAAGUUCAGGAACUCUGGACAGACAUGUGUUUGUGCAAACCGGUUUUUCGUCCAGAGCGGUAUUUACGAUCUGUUCCUGGAGAAACUGGGUCAAGCAAUGGACUCUGAACUACGUCUCGGUCACGGCUCAGACCCUGAAACCACACAGGGGCCGUUAAUCAACGUCAGAGCAGCAGAGAAGGUGGUGAACCAGGUGUCGGAUGCUGUGUCUCUGGGAGCAAAGGUGUUGAGGGGCGGGAAGCGUCUGGAGGGCUCGUUCAUGGAGCCCACACUGCUCGCCGACGUCACCACAGACAUGCUCUGCACCAGGGAGGAAACCUUUGGUCCCCUUCUGCCUGUUGUCAGGUUUAAUACAGAAGAAGAAGCUUUGGCCAUUGCAAACGCUUCUAAUGUCGGGCUGGCAGGUUAUUUCUACUCUCAGGAUGUGAGUCAGAUCUGGCGGGUGGCAGAGGCGCUGGAGGUGGGGAUGGUCGGAAUCAACGAAGGCAUUAUUUCUACGUCGGAGGCCCUGUUUGGCGGGGUCAAACAGUCCGGAUUGGGCCGCGAAGGGUCCAAUCACGGGAUCAACGAGUAUGUGGAGGUGAAGUACAUGUGCUUUGGAGGCCUGAAACUGUGAACCAGAACCGAGCGACGUCCACCUAGAUCAGCUGGGUUACACUGAUUAUGACUGAGCCCUCAACAGGGUCAAGAAAUGACAGGGUAGUUUAAUGCUGUUAAAUGAAAAAUAUAUAUUUUCAGAAUUAAUGCAACUGUGCUGUGCUUUUACUCCUCUACUCAAAUAAAAGUAGAAAAGUAAUAAUUUCCAGUGUUGAAGUAAAUAGUCUCCUCCAAAACUUUUAAAAUAAUGAAUAAACCCUGCAUGUUUAUGUGAAAGAAAAGGUCUAAUAGUUAAAAUUACUGCUGCUUUAUGUCAGAGACUAAUUAAAUUGUCAGAAUAACAGAUUAAUCCAUUCCAGAACACAAGUCAGAUUUAUUGUUUAUCUUUCACAUACAAGAGAACAGACGGUAGAGAACAAAGAGCAGAGCAGAUGCUGUAAAAUAUGUAGAAACCCAGUCACUGAACUGUUUAAUCCUUACCUUACAGUGUGUGGACGGUUUACACUGAGGUUGUAGGUCUGAAAUUAUGAUAAAUGUCAAGUCAGUUUUAAGGCUGAUUUUUGGUCUUGAGUGAAUGUUUUACUCUUAAAGAUCAGAAUAUUUCACUAAUCUAGAAGUUGGACAUUCAAAACUAUUGCAAUAAUCAAAUAUUUGCUCACUAUUAAAGCAUACAUGAGGUAAAUUAAGUAAAAUGACAAAACUUUAAAAUGUUUUCUGUUUUAGUUGACAAAAUAAAACAAAAUAAACCCAAAAGAGAAAUGUCUAUCACAAUAAUGACAUUUAUCAUCAUGUUUUAUCAUUCAGACCUGUAUAGUUUUUUACUUAUCCAUCAUCAGUGUAUUUUCCACAGUAAACACUUAAAAAAAUACCAAACAUGAAAAAACAAGAGGCAGCAACUGAAAUCUGUCCAUCAGACUUUCACUAUUUACCACCAUGGUGUAAAGUUCUCUUAUAAUAUCUAUUUAAUCAAUCUGAGUAAUUAUUUAAAGAAAAAAACUCAAACAUUUCCAAUUCCAGCUUCUUAAAAGUGAAUCUUUUUAGGCUUCCUCGUCUUUUGUGAUGGUAAACUCAUUUCCCAUCCACACUAA